UGUAUGCGAUUAAGUGAGCGCAUUUCUUUUCAACGAAAAGAACAAUGUGAAAUGGUACAUGCUACAAUUUAUACACACUUCUAUUAUACAUAUGUACAUACAUACAUUAUAUACAAAUUUGGAAAAAACAGAGAAUCAUCAACAGAAAUGAGUGAGUAAUAUAGUACUUCUACGCCGGGCAGUUGCCGUCGAGCGUUUCAUAAGUGCGGCCGCGUGUGUCCGGCUGUGCCGUUUAAUUUGUUAUUCGCCGCGAAGUGCGAAAGAUACAAGUGUUCCGAAAUUUGAUAAGACUGCUGAACGAUACUCACGUUACCAUAUAAAAAAUAUUUCAACAAAAAUAUUGCAGAUAAACGAGAUAUGUACAUAUACCGACAAUAGUAUACAGUAUAGUAACGGAAAACAAGCAGUAUAUGUUGUUGUAUUUGCUUAAGCACGAAAUAACAGUUGUAUAAAUAUUUUCCAAAUAUUUUGUGUAAACAAAGUUCGUGUUAUUAGUGUAGACAUCCAUAUAUUCAUCCAGUGAAAAAGUAAAAGCUGAAAUAAGCAAAGUGUUCGCUUGCAACAGGAACGCUUCCGGACGUAGUAAUAACGCUGCAGUUCAUGCAACAGUCAUACACAGAAAAUGUUCUCUACAUCCGGCUACGAUCGACUCUAUGUCCGCAGCUCUUCCGGUUUAGCCAAAUUGCUCUGUAUGCUAUUUGCCGUGGCUGGCAUCGUAUGCAUUGCUGUUAGCUCGGCGCCAGUGACGAAUCUGCGCGGCCUCGUCUACAUGUGUGUGAUGGCAUGCGCCUGCCUCGGCAGUGCGCUGGUGUUUUUGAAUAAUUUUUGCGAAAUGCGGCUUUAUAAGCGGCACUUUUGCAAUGCAACCAGGUUUGAGUUGUACAUUCAUGCCACACUCGCCGUUCUGUGCUUUCUUGCCUCAUCCGCCGCGCUGACGUUGGCGCUGGUGACCUACUCCAUUGCAGCGUUUUUCGGCUAUGUUGCAUUCUGCUUGUACGCCUUGGAGGCCUGGUUCAACUAUAGGCGAUACCGCCAGCGUGAUAUGAGCACGCAGACGUAGUAGUGUACAUGUGAAGGUUGUUGCAGAUAACAGUAUUUUCGCUGUUUAAGAAUUAUUUCAUAAAUGUUUGCGGAUAUUACCCAUGUCGAUAUCACUUGCCUGCCUCUAAUGAAUUGCCUACUGCCAUUGCACAGUGUUUCAAAAUAAUGUUUAGUAAACAGUAUGUAAUACUAGUAUAAGUAACUUUUACAUAUGUACAUAUAUGUAUUUAGCGUUAUAAUAUAGUGUUGCACUUAAGCAGUAAUGACUUGUAUAACUUUGACUCAGAAGUCGAACCUGCUAUCGGUCUUCAAACACCAACAAAAAUACUCUUGUACAGUCAGAUGACUUUAAAGCAUUUAAGUUUGGAUUCCAAGUACUUAUGUAUAUACAUACAUAUAUUUCAUAUAUUUAUCUAUAAAAAAAAAUAUUUGCUUACAUACAUAUAUAUUGUUAUUUGUGCAAAAAACAAAGUAUAAAUGGACUGUAUGCUGCCCAUAUAAUUUUGAUUUUUUUGAGGUUAGGAUUUUCAUGCAUUAGUAUUUGACAGAUCACGUGGGAUUUCAGACAUGGUGUCAAAGAGAAAGAUGCUCAGUAUGCUUUGACAUUUCAUCAUGAAUAGACUUACUAACGAGCAACGCUUGCAAAUCAUUGAAUUUUAUUACCAAAAUCAGUGUUCGGUUCGAAAUGUGUUUAUCGACAAAUUUUGUUCAGCGAUGAGGCUCAUUUCUGGUUGAAUGGCUACGUAAAUAA